ACUCCGCCUCGAACGUUGACUGUCUCGCCGAUGAGUGACAAGAAACGGCCCUUGGAAUUUGGUGCAGAAGCAUCCAACAGCAAGAAGUUGAAAAGUGAUAAUAAUGGCACCAAAACCCCCUCAGCAACGCUUUCAGCGGAAGAGAUUGCCCGAAAACGAGCAGAGCUUGCUGCGAAAGUUGCUGCGAUGCGAAACAACGCAUUGGGAACUGGAGCAGGACCAAUUCAACUCCCUGCACCAAUACCCAAACUGCCCACAACCUUACCCAAGGGUUCUACGGCAUCGCCUUCAGUUUCAGGAGGACAGACACCUGUGGCAGGCUCACCUGCUCCUGCCGGUGGUCUCAUGAUGCAAGACCUUGCCAAACGUGUAGCAGAGGCUAAGAGGAAAGUUGCAGAAUAUCAAAGUAAAUCUGCCGUCAAGGAUAACCCGUAUAUGUCAAUGCCGCAGACAGGGAAGAACAAGAAUCGACUGCCUGAGCCUGCUCAACAAGGCUCUGGGUUGAAAAUGACCGCUCAUCCUUUACUACUCGACCAGACAACCCCAGCACCACAGUCCAAAAAAGAUCGUUAUAAACCGAUGCAACCUAAAUUUGCCUCAAUCAAGGCAAACACGAGAAACGCCCCCACACCUACCCCGCCACCGCCGCCUGUAGCGGUUGUUGAAUCUUCUAAUCCCUAUUCGUUUGAACCGUCGUCGUCUAAGGACACCGGUUUUUUGGGUGCUCCCCGCGAACGUGCUGGUAGAGGGUUCCGUUUCAAUCCGAAGGGCAAGUACGCUGCCAUGGGCAAUGAAAUGCGUCGAGAACAACAGCUAGAGGCUCUUAAGCAACGUAUCGCGGAAAGUGCCAGGAAAGCAGGGUUGGAUGGCGACAUGGGAAUCGAAAGAGGAAUCAAGCGACCGCCACCGCCAGAGGCGGAAUGGUGGGAUGCCCCCUUACUUCCAAACAAGAACUAUGACGACCUGGACACGAUGGGAAUGGAGAAUCUGAAUAUUAAGUCAGCAGAUUCUCCCAUCACAAUCUACAUUCAACAUCCGAUUCCCAUCCCAGCUCCAGGAGACAAGAACAAAGUCGCCCUCAAGCCGCUCAUGUUGACCAAGAAAGAACAGAAGAAAAUGAGGAAGUUGAAGAGAGCGGCAGAACUGCAGGAUAAACGGGAUAAGAUCAAGAUGGGCCUGUUACCCCCUGAUCCACCCAAAGUCCGUUUGGCCAACCUCAUGAAAGUUCUCACAUCCGAUGCCGUUCAAGAUCCAACGAGAGUCGAAGCCAAAGUGAGAAGGGAAGUCGCUAUGCGGAAACACACACACGAGAAAAUGAAUACCGAGAGAAAGUUGACUGACGAGCAGAGGAGGGAGAAGUUGGAAAACAAAAAGGUCGAGGAGGAAAAGAAGGGGAUAUAUGGAGCUGUUUACAAAGUCAAGAAGCUGACAGAUCCCUCUCAUCAAUUCAAAGUUCGAAAGAACGCCGAACAGCUCAAUCUCACUGGAGUGUGUAUUUUCAAUCCGAACUUCAGCAUGGUAUAUGUCGAAGGGGCUGCGAAGUUCAUUCGGAAUUAUAGACGACUCAUGACCGUCCGUAUCGCAUGGACGGAGGCCGCACGACCGCGUGAAGGAGAGGACGUAGAGAUUGAUAAUGACGCUGAAGAAGGCGACGAAGUGCAUGCAGGGGGUAGUAGUAGUGCAGUCGAUGUGGAGAACAGCAACGAUCAGGCAGCGGGGGGUCUGGAAGGCAACAGAUGUGAUCUGAUAUGGGAAGGACUCUUGAAACAUCGCGAGUUCAACACCUUCAAGGCUCGAAGUUGCCCUACCGAUGGUGCGGCCAAGGAACUUCUCGGGGAGCGAUUGAAAGGAUAUUGGGACCAAGCCAAGAACUGGAAGCCGGAGGAAGAAGAGCUGUUUUGAAUGUUUACCCUUGAUCAAGAUUUGUUCUCUGUCCACUCAUGAUAGUGCCUAUCUCUAUCUUUCCUCGCAAAAGAA